ACAUAUAUACAAUACAGUAAUUAUUAUUUCUCUUGCAGGAUGGAAGGGAGCCAAGGUGGGGAGACAAUAAGUGACAUACAUAACUAUCUUGACACAUUUAAUAAAGAGAUCCAAACUGGGGAUCAAGCACAUCCAGGUGAAGUAGCUCAAGUUUUUGUAGACGAGUCUGGUCAGUACUUUUACCAAAAUGUGGAUGGCAGUCAGCAGCAGAUGGUUGUUGUUUCAUCUGAUGGAACAGAUGGAUCAGAGGGGGAAACAGGUGGUGCAGAUGACUCGGUUAUGUUGAAUGCAGAGGAGGAUUCUCUCAAUGAUGAUGGAGACAGUCUGUCACAAGGGCAGGUGGCGCUGGGUGAGGAUGGCACAUUACAGGUCAUACCCAGCAUGGAACAGGGUGAUGGCAAUAAUCAGGUGGUUCUUAAUACUGGAGACAAUAAUCAAAUAGUAACUAUUGUUCCUUCAUCAACAAAUUCUGGUGAAGUUAGUUACGUUUUGAUUGUCGAACAGUCGGGUGAUGCUGACAAAGAUGAUACUGUAUAUGAUUUUAAUGAAGCAGAUGAAGGCCUUAGCUAUGAAUCGGGUGAAGAAGAUGAUAAAAAAAUGAUGCGUAUUAUUCAUAAAAAAUCGCAAACCGUUACACAAGCCCACAUGUGCAAUUAUUGUAAUUAUACCAGUCCUAAAAGGUAAGCAGAUUCACAUUAAACUCUUAAUUACAUCUCUCAUAUUC